AUGUUUUGCCCCAUCUAUGACUUGAGAUCUGCGGAUCGCUGCGCUUUAAGAGGUUCCGAAACCUCGCCCCAGCUGCUGGACCAGCUCUUCGAGUGGGGUGCCGAUCUGCUGGUGGACCAGGUCAUCCCCAAGCUUCUCAGAGAAGAGGUGACCAUGGACACCGCCCAAGUUCAGGAUGAAUCCCUGGUAGAGAAGGCUCCAAUGAUCACAAAGGAAGAAGGAAAGCUGUGGCCACACAAUGAGACCGCCCUGCAAAUGCGCGACAAGGUGCGCGGUUUCACUGGCUGGCCCGGCACCACUCUGCCUGUGGCCUGCUCAGGGUCUAAAGCGCCCCUGGAAGGCUUCCGGAUCAAGGUGGCCGACGCUGAAGUGGUUCCAGUGGGUGAAGUCCAAAGCCUCAUUGGUUCUGAUUCACCAGCGGAAGAAUUGUUUAUGUUCCAGAUGCAGAGCGAGGACCUGCAGUGGGUUUGCGGCCAGCAGAAGAUCUGGAGAAUGUCUUAUUACUUCGAUCCUUUCACAUUCCUGGCAAGAACCAUGAUGUUCCAGCCGAAACCUUUAAGAAGGGAUACAUGA